UUGGAAAACCUAGUUUUUCUCUCUUUUCAGAUCUAUCACCAAUACUGUAUCGAACGAGCUGCCUGCCAUUCUGCUCAUAUUUUCACUACCGUAUCCGAGAUUACAGGAUUGGAAGCUGAGCAUUUGCUGAAGAGGAAACCUGACAUUCUCACACCUAAUGGUCUAAACGUUGUUAAAUUCGCUGCUUUGCACGAAUUUCAGAAUCUCCACUCCUUGGCCAAAGAAAAGAUUCACAAUUUUGUUCGGGGACAUUUCCAUGGGCAUUUGGAUUUCGAUUUGGAUAAGACACUUUAUUUAUUUACAGCUGGAAGGUUAGCAUAG